CCUCCGCCCAUUUCCUUUCCUUAAAUCUUAAAAAAAAUAACCUCAACGCUCCUCGUUUUCCUUUUUCUUAAUCCUAUGCUUCUGGUUCCGUUCGUUUCUCAGAGACAGAGUCGACGACACAGCGAGAGGGAGGAGGAAGGGGGAGAGGAAUUUCCAAUCGUCGGAUUGAAUUAAAAGGAAUUGAAUUCAGAAGAUGGGUUCCGAGCAGAACGACGGAACUAGCUACCAGCCAUCAGAGCCGAAGCUCUGCGCCAACAACUGUGGAUUUUUCGGCAAUGCAGCAACGAUGAACUUCUGCUCUAAGUGCUACAGAGACUGUCGCAUGGAGGAGGAGCAAGCGGCGUCGGCGAAGGUUGCAAUGGAGAAGUCUUUUAACCCCAAUCCCACAACACAAACAAAAGCAGAGGACCAUGAUCAUCAACCGGCGGGGUUCUUCGCCGCCGGAGUCGGACCUUCUUCGUCGUCAGCCACAGCGGCGUCGUUUGGGUUCGGAAAUAUUGGGGAUGAUCGAGAACCGGAGCAACCAAAGGCAGCGAACCGGUGCAAGAGCUGUAACAAGAAGGUGGGGUUGACCGGGUUCAUUUGCAAGUGCGGGAGGACAUUCUGCGGGAUUCACCGGUACCCGGAAAAACACGAGUGUACGUUUAAUUUCAAGGCCAUCGGCCGUGACGCCAUUGCCAAGGCUAAUCCGUUGGUGAAGGCGGAUAAGGUGGAGAGGUUCUGAAAUUAAUCUGGAUCCUCUUCAUUGUGGGUUGGGUUUGUGGUAGUAUUUGUUUAGGAGAUGGUGGGGAAAAGUGGAUUGCUUUUGGUGCUGUUGGAUUGCUUUGCUAGUGGGUUUUGUUGGGUGGUUGAUUCCAUAAUAAAAGUGAAUCACUGAAUUUGUUAGUUGCAGUUUGCUUUUCAUUGUUUGGCUUUCUUCUUUUGGUAAUGGCUAAGAAUCUUUUCCACACUUUCUUUC